AUGCCUGCCAUACCGUUCACCACCCAUGGCAGGUGCUCCGUCGUGGGCUGCCCUUGCAAAAACUACCAUCGAACCCUUGCCCCUAGAGAAUUGAUACCCACGAACCCCACCGAGCUCUGCCAGUGCUGCAACCACACCUGGAUCUUGCACGAGUCGACAGGCCUCCCAGGCACCCACCCCUGUCAUGCCAUGCAAAAGGGCGGAAUAUUGGACAAAGUCCCUCCCUGCGGAGGGUUUCAUUCAUUGGAGCUUCACUGGACACCUCAUACUCUCUGCCUGUGCGGGCGCCCCUGGAUGCAGCACAGCAUCCUAGAGAUGGUGGAAUCUGGCCCUGUUGCGGUCCCUGUACAUCCUCUUGCUGCCACAGCUCCAGCGGCGGCUCCCUUGCGUCCUCCGGGCUUGAACCCAGCCAACUACCCGCUGCCUGUGUCUCAGGCCGCUUCUUCUUCAUCGUCAAAGGCGGCCGCUAAAGCCACCAACAACGCCGACUCAGACCAGAAAUUUUUACUUGCCAUUUACCCCUUCAUUGACCACAAGUUGGUAUACGCCUUGGAAGACUCUGGGAAGCGCCUGGUGGUCAAUAUGCAUAUCCUUCCUGAGAUCCUCAACCGGCUCGAUAGGUUCCACUUGGUCCUUGAAGUUACUGUCCCUGCUGCAACCAACCAGGACGCUUUGGUUCCUCUGUUCUCUGGUGUCAUAAAUGACCACCUCCUUCUCCACAGCCUCGUUUUACCUGCCAAACCUGGUCAAGACGAGGACGAGGUGGCCGCUCUGCUUUACCAACAGAACUGGCAAUUUCUUAGGCCACGAAAGCAAACCAGCAUGUAUUACCUUGAGCCCCACAAUGGCAUCAACGAUAACACCAUUUCUAUCGACACAUUGCUCGACACUGCCAAAAAACUUCCCAACCCUCUCAGCGGUAAACAGGGGUACCACCUUCUCAAUCUAGCACCACUCUAUGGCCCUGUCAGUGGUCCCCUUAACACGGAGGAAAUCAACCCGGGUUUCAUGUAUGCGCCAGAUCUGAAUCAUGGCUGCUAUGCAAAGUACGUCCUCAAGGGCUUGAUGUUUGCCGAUGGCGCUGCCGUGGACGAGACGGACUGUUACAUGGAUCACUGGUGUCCGCAGGAUCCCUCAGGCAACAUUGAUCUUGGUGAUGCAUUAUGCUCUCCUUCUCUGCCCAUUUGUUCUCGUUGUUGCUCGCGCACACAGGAAACUGAGGACCCGCGCCCUCGCACACGCUGGAGGGCCACAUCCCCUGCUUUUGUAGAUCUGACGUGUUCACUGAGCCCCCUUUCCGACGCACCUACCCCACCGGCCGAUUUCCACCUGUCUCCAGAGCCCACCGCAGAUGAAGAUGUAGUCAUUUUUCAGACGCAGAACCGGCUACACAGGCGAUUUAUCCCUCGUGCUGAGCAAGUCAUCUGGCUUGUUGAGCGCUGGCAGGAUCAUGUACAGUCAAGAGCCAGCCUGCUUGUCGACACGGAAUUGGCCAUUCACAGGGAAGAUCAUGCCUCUGUUGCCUCUCACAUCCUGGACUUUCUUGUCCACCAUUAUCUUGCUGAGAUGGACCCUCAGAGCAUCCACAUUCUCGAACAUCCAGCCAGCAUUUGUCAGAGUCCAGCCACAAGAUGCCAGGAUGUUUCGGUGUUCCUGGCAACAGCCUUGAAUCGAAAUUUUGUGCUCUCAACUGUGGCUGGGGAAACCACUGUUGGGGAUGGCGUCAAGCAUGGUAUCAUGCGCCAGGCUCUUGCAAGUGCCAUUGCCGACUCAGACCUAUGGGUAUGCAAAAGGUUUGGACAUGAAGGAGCAGUGCCCGUCUUGUGUGGUCUCCUGGAAGAGGAUGUACCUGUUCUCACUUGCACACGCCUUGCCACCCAUGGGCAUCAGUUAGCCCUGCACACAUUAUGGUACAGGCAGGCGGCUGAGAUCAGUGUCUGGGUCCCUCUCCUCCUUCUCCUGGGGCGUGCCACGACAGAGGAGUUGACUUAUCUCAUGGUGCACUUGGUCAAUCCUCACCUAGCUACAACCAUGCGGCCAUGGUUUGACCUCAAACCUGAGACUGAAAUUGACACCACAAUUCCAGUGAUAUAUGCUGGAUCGCUCUACGAGGUCAUUACAACCGGGUUGGAGACAAAUCCCUCCUGCAUCAAGAAGAAAGAGCACAAAGAUGCCGAACACGCAUGCCUCACCAGAAGGAUCCUGUGCAACCUGGCCGUCGGUCAUCAGAACCCCUGGUCCAUGGUUGAAUUUAAAGCAUUCGCAAAGGGGUUCAAUCUCAGACUCGCCCAAAACGAACCCUCUGCCACGUUGUUUGCAGUCUCCCAGCACCUCAAGAACGAUGACCUACUCGAGGACCUUGCUGCCAUCUUCCUUGAGUGGCUCAAGAGCUACCUGUCCAGUGAAGGGCACCCCUCAAGUGUCAAGGGCACUCACGUCGCACCAGGAGACUGGGAUAGGCAGAAACACAACAAACUCCUACAAACCAGUAUGGUGCUGCAGGCCCUCACUGACUCCGACUUGAUGCCCAUGCGUCCCAACUGGAAGGUCCGAUUCAUCCUGUAUCCACCCAAGGAGCCUAAGAAGAAGGAAGGCGAGCCUGACAAGAAGAAGGACAAUGAGGAGAGUGCAGCAGAGGCGUUGGGCGCUAUCCACUGGCACACUUGCACGCUCACCGCUGAUGUCAUGGUCAGUGAAGUUGUGGCGGAGAUACUAGAGACACUGCUCCCUGACCCUACGACAUCUCUGCACCACGAGGCCUGGGAGUACUGGUUUCAUACACAGGUACUCAUUUCAGGGAUGGGGAGCCGUUAUACCGGGCUGUGA